UGCAGCCACUAACAUUCAAAGAAGAAGGGGAAGAAGCAGCAGUAAUCGGUUGGGAAGCUGCCUGCAUCAUCCGCUGAUCGAGCCAGGAACCGACCAGCAGAACCGGAGAAAAAUGGCGUUCACAUUCGCGGCCUUUUGCUACAUGCUCGCACUGCUGCUAACGGCCGCGCUUAUCUUCUUCGCUAUCUGGCAUAUAAUCGCUUUUGAUGAGCUGAAGACUGACUACAAGAAUCCUAUAGAUCAAUGUAACACUUUAAAUCCGCUGGUGCUCCCAGAGUAUCUUAUCCACUUCUUCUUCUGCGUGAUGUUCUUCUGUGCGGCCGAGUGGCUCACCCUCUGUCUCAACUUACCACUGCUGGCUUAUCAUGUUUGGAGGUAUAUGAGCAGACCUGUGAUGAGCUGUCCAGGACUUUACGACCCAACAACCAUCAUGAACGCUGACAUCCUGGCGUACUGUCAAAAAGAAGGCUGGUGCAAACUGGCUUUCUACCUCCUGUCAUUCUUCUACUAUCUCUACGGGAUGAUCUACGUUCUGGUGAGCUCUUAAAUGGUGCGAUGAAGCAAAAGGACCUGCAUGUACAGUAAACGACCAGACACUAUGAUCUUAGUGCUGGAGCACUGGACCUGCUGGAGACCAUCUUUCAGCAACACAAGAUGCCAUUUCCAAGUGGACAAACCUGUCAUUUCAGAAACAUUUAGCCAGUUUUAAGAGAAUCCUGGUUGCAGUGUUCCUCUCAUAGCACUAUAGUUACAAAGCUUUUAUGGAAAAUACGGACAGACCUGAAUGGACACAUCUUUGUCUCUUCUUUUUUUUCCCUGUUUUUUUUUAUUGUUUUGUUUUUUUUUUUUGAUGCUUGGGAUUUAAAAUAAAGUUUUUUUUCAUCACGGUUCCCAACUGUUGAGUGUUUACAGACUAGGUAGACAUUUUCAGGUGUGCAUUUAUCUGUGAGAAUCUAAGCUGUGUGCUGAACUGCAUUAGCUUUUUCUGUGAAUAAGAUCCUGGGCUUUAAAAGCCAAUUUACACCUGCCACGUGACUCAUUACCAUGACUAAAAUGAACAGCGGAGUGUAAAACAGACUUUUGUUCUUGCCCGCAGAUGCAGAAGGUCUUAUAACGUGACACUUUGAGGGCUGAAGUGCAUGUUAACGAAACGUGUCGCACAAGGACAGUAGUAGUCUGGUUGUCGGUUAUCACCUUUCAAGCUAUCUGAUGUAUUGUUUCCAUGCAUCCCUGUCAAACUAUUGCUGAUAUUUGUUUUCUUAAGUGUGGACCGCCAUGUGUGUGAUCUGUAGACCCGUCCUUGCAGGUAUCUCUAAAUAAAAGGUAGACUCAACAGUACUUUAAUGCAGCGGUCCCCAACCUUUUUUGCGCCACGGACCGGCCUUUAAGGUGUCGCGGACAAAUACAACAAAAUAAAACCAUUACCGGUACUGAAAAAAACGAUUUAUUCAUAACACGUGAAAAGACCCAGGAAAACAGAGUUAACAAAAAAAACGAUAACAAAAUAACGCUAAAAACCCUGAAAACCAUACAUUUUACACCCGAGUCUCAACUCUCCCGGGCCACGGACCAGUACCGGCCCGGGGUUUGGGGACCGCUGCUUUAAUGUAUUCACCGUUAGGAAGGAACACUAUCCUCUUCUUUCCUUUCGGCAUUCAAAUUUUGAUCGACAUCAGCUGAUGUGCCAUACUGUUGAAUGUACCUUUGAAUUUCUUUUUGUCGUUGUGCGUUUUAAUUUCAACACCAAAUAUUCCACAUUGUUAGAAGAUCCAACAUUUUGUUUUUCAUGUUUUCAAUUUGACCUUUUUUCUUGUUUUUAGUAAUUCUUCAGAAUAUCAAGCACUCCUCGCAGUAUCGCUCAUCUCCAGAAUCAGAAUCUAGACUGUUUUAGGCCACUGCAAAAUUUUUUCAUUCAUGUUAGAGUAUUUAUUGUCAUGUUUAACAUGUAAAUUUAUCAGGGAAAAGGAUUAUCAUUUGUCACAUUCAAAUAAAGAAGUUUUUGUGUUAGAUCACAUCAAAUUACAUCUAGGAAAUUGUUUAUUUGAAUCUAAAUAAACUAUCCUGCUCUGUUAA